GAAGAAUUGAUUGUUUUCUUUUAUGAUAACAAACGAAAACCUAAAUAAAAUUAAUUAAAAGACGGGAAAUUCACGAUGGAAGCCCAACCUGAGGUGCCGGACCUACCACUGCGUCCAUUCAAAUUGGCGCAUCAGGUUGUUAGCCUCACCGGAAUUAGUUUUGAGAGAAAAAGCAUUAUUGGAGUGGUAGAGCUUACGAUUGUGCCGAAUAGUGAAGGCCUGCGACUCAUCCGCUUGAAUGCAAAGCAGCUUCGAAUUUAUACCGUCGUUCUCAAUGAUGUCUGCCAGGCGGAGUUCGUCUAUUUCGAUCCCUUCCAGGAUAUCUCGCACAAGGAACCGAAGAGCCGUUCGCUGGAGACCUACUCAAAGCAGCAUCUUACUGCUGCCCAGCUCACCGACCCAGAUGCAAAUAAUGGAGAACUUCUAAUCAUUGUGCCGCCCGAGGGUUAUUCCAUGAUCCAGGAGGGUCAAGGCCUGCGUGUUCGCAUCGAGUUCUCGCUGGAGACACCCAAAAGCGGUGUACACUUUGUGAUUCCGCCAUCGUCCAUGGACGAGGAAACGCAGCAGAACUGUUCGCAUAUGUUUACGAAUUGCUACGAAAACUCAACCAGAUUGUGGUUUCCCUGCGUUGACAGCUUUGCAGAUCCGUGUACGUGGCGCUUGGAGUUCACGGUGGACAAGAACCUGACUGCAGUUUCGUGUGGAGAGCUAGUGGAGGUUGUGAUGACCCCCGAUCUAAGAAAGAAAACGUUUCACUACACGGUCACCACUCCAGUUUGUGCUCCGAACAUUGCCCUGGCUGUGGGGCCCUUCGAAAUCUAUGUAGAUCCGCACAUGCACGAGGUGACUCACUUUUGCCUCCCUGGAAUGCUGCCGCUCCUGAAGAACACCGUCAGAUAUCUGCAUGAAGCGUUUGAGUUCUUCGAGGAGACGCUCUCAACCCGUUAUCCGUUCUCCUGCUACAAACAGGUGUUUGUAGAUGAACUGGACACGGACAUAAGUGCCUAUGCCACCAUGAGUAUUGCUUCGGUGAAUCUCCUGCACUCCAUAGCCAUCAUAGACCAGACGUAUGUAUCUCGAACAUUUAUGUCGCGCGCCGUAGCGGAGCAGUUCUUUGGUUGCUUCAUUACCUCCCAUCACUGGUCGGACACCUGGCUGGCCAAGGGAAUCGCCGAGUACCUUUGCGGGUUGUAUUCCCGCAAGUGUUUCGGCAACAACGAGUACCGCGCAUGGGUUCAGAGUGAAUUGGCCCGGGUUGUGCGCUACGAGGAGCAGUACGGUGGAAUAAUCCUCGACUGCAGCCAGCCGCCAGCCCCCCUGCCUGUUUCGAGUACCAAUCCAGCAGCAGCUGCUAGCAAGCAACAGGAGAUCGUCCACUACUUUCCCAUUAAAAGUUUGCACACCGUCUCUCCCAAAUAUGUGGAGGCCAUGAGAAGGAAGGCGCACUUGGUCAUCCGGAUGUUGGAGCACCGCAUCGGGCAGGAGCUUCUUAUCCAGGUGUUCAAUAAGCAAUUGGCUUUAGCCACCAAUGCGGCGUCCACAAAGAUUGGUGCUGGUCUCUGGUCGCAGCUUUUGAUAUCCACGAACAUAUUCAUAAAGGCAAUUUUCACCGUAACUGGCAAGGACAUGUCUGUGUUUAUGGAUCAGUGGGUGCGAACUGGCGGGCAUGCCAAGUUCUCCCUCACAUCGGUGUUCAACCGCAAGAGGAACACCAUCGAACUGGAAAUACGCCAGGACUUUGUCAAUCAGCGGGGAGUGAGGAAGUACAAUGGGCCGUUGCUGGUCCAGCUACAGGAGUUGGACGGUACCUUCAAGCACACCUUGCAAAUUGAAAACACCCUGGUGAAGGCAGACAUCACCUGCCAUUCGAAGAGCAGGCGAAACAAAAAGAAAAAGAUUCCCCUCUGCACAGGCGAGGAAGUGGACAUGGAUCUCUCGGCUAUGGACGAUUCACCUGUACUUUGGAUUCGCCUGGACCCUGAAAUGAUUCUGAUGCGGGAUCUCAUUAUUGAGCAGCCAGAUUUUCAAUGGCAGUACCAGCUCCGGCACGAAAAGGAUGUAACGGCCCAAUUCCAGGCCAUACAGGCUCUGCAAAAGUAUCCAACAAACGCCACUCGAUUGGCCCUAACCGACACGAUUGAGAGCGACCGGUGCUUUUACAAAGUGCGUUGCGAGGCGGCCCACAGCCUAACCAAAGUGGCCAACCAAAUGGUGGCCUCGUGGAGCGGACCACCAGCUAUGCUCAACAUAUUUAGGAAGUUUUUUGGCUCCUUUAGUGCUCCGCACAUCAUUAAGCUGAACAACUUUUCCAACUUUCAGCUUUAUUUUCUGCAGAAGGCGAUACCUGUGGCUAUGGCAGGCCUGCGCACCUCCCAUGGCAUCUGCCCGACGGAAGUAAUGCGCUUUCUCUUUGAUCUCUUCAAGUACAAUGAGAACUCCCGAAACCACUACACAGAUGCUUACUACAGAGCCGCCUUGGUGGAGGCACUAGGUGAAACGUUAACGCCUGUGGUUUCUGUGGCCAUUCACGGCACGCAGAUCACCACAGACAGUCUUUCCACAGAUGCCAAGCUGGUGCUCGACGAAGUGACUCGCUUGCUGAACAUGGAGAAGCAUCUGCCCUCGUACAAGUACAUGGUGUCUGUUUCCUGUUUAAAAGUCAUUCGAAAACUGCAAAAGUUUGGACACUUGCCAUCGCUUCCACAUAUUUAUCGCAGCUAUGCGGCGUAUGGAAUUUUUCUGGAUCUGCGAAUCGCUGCCAUGGAGUGUCUAGUGGAUUUCGUCAAAGUAGAUGGCCGAAGCGAGGAUCUGGAGCAUUUAAUCACACUGCUGGAAACCGAUCCCGACCCAGCGGCCCGGCAUGCACUAGCUCAACUCCUGAUCGACAAUCCGCCGUUCACUCGUGAUUCUCGCAGUCGCUUGGACAAGCCCGACCUGGUCGAUCGCCUUUGGUUGAGCAUCAACACGUUGGCGUACGACACCAAGCUGCGUUGCGACAUCGUGGAUUUGUAUUAUGCAUUGUAUGGAAGCAAGCGUCCCAACUGCCUGCAGGCCAACGAAAAUCAGAGUUUCUACAAGGACCUGAUGAAGGACAAUAGCAGCGGCGCUGGUACUAGUAGCACACCCAGCUUCAAAAAGAAUAGCAGUGAUCCGAAGGCCACCGUAACGUCUGCAUCCGACGGGAUUAGCAUGGAAAGCGAGCCACAUAAACCAGCCAUGGUCACCAUCAAGCGAACGGCCACCGAGGCAUUCGAAGUCGGUGAUGAGAUUAUCAAACUGGAACGCAGCGAGGAGAUCACAGUCCUCGAUGAACCGAUGGAUGUUGAAGCCUUCGACAGCGAGACUAAGCUGAAUGUGCUCCCAGCAGGCGACGGUGGACCAGAGGGUCACCAGCAAAUUAAGAAGACGAAGACGGAAAUAUUUGCCGAGGAUGACAACGCAUCCAUGGCCAUGGAUGUGACCGAGUCCACGAGAUACGAAAGCAGCUACGAGGAUGGCAAGUUCAAGCCAGGCGAUGGCUCCAUUAAAAAGAAAAAGAAGAAGGACAAAAAGAAGCACAAGCACAAACAUAAGCACAAGCACAACAAGGACAAGGAUCGUGAGAAGGGAGAGCGCAAAGACAAGGAUAAGCGCGAUCCACAGAUUUCCCGCCUCCAAGCUCGGGAGGCAGCCACUCCCGAUACACUGAGCUCGGCGGACAGUAGCAACAGCAAUAGCAAUCCCCCCAUUGGCCUUCCCUAAGCUCCAAAGUAUAUGUAAUUAAAUUUGUGUCGA